ACUGUGGACAAGUAACCUUCAUCACGUGACUCCCCAGCUCUUUGAGGGAGACGUUUCGGAUCGUCUUAGUAAUGGCGGAGACAUGUGGCCAAAUAUUUCUCGGGUCUGGGCUAACAGUCCUUUCCCACCCUCUUAUGUACAUCAAGGUUUUAGUUCAGGUUGGACAUGAACCCCUCCCUCCUAGUCCAGGGAGGAAUUUAUUUGGCCGACAGGUGUAUCAGCUUCCAGGGCUUUUUGCAUAUGCCAAACACAUCAUAAAGAUUGAUGGGAAAUCAGGCCUGUUUAAAGGUCUCACCCCAAGGCUUUUAGCUGGGACCAUUGGAACUAUCGUCCACAGUAAAGUUUUGCAGAAAUGUCAGGAGGAAAAAAUUCAGGUUCUGGGAGGCAGUCAGAAAGAAGAGGAGGGUUCUCUGCCAUAUGUAGUAAAUGAGACCACUAAAGAAAUGAUUGCACGCUCAUGUGCCACAAUUGUCACACACCCUUUUCAUGUAAUCACACUCAGAUGCAUGGUCCAGUUCAUUGGUAGAGAGGCCAAAUACAGUGGCGUCUUUGACUCCAUUAUUACAAUCUACAGAGAAGAAGGAUUCCUGGGUUUUUUUGCUGGCCUCAUUCCUCGUCUGCUGGGUGACGUUCUUUCCCUGUGGAUUUGCAACAUGCUUGCUCACCUCAUCAACACAUAUGCUAUAGAUGACUCUACAAGUCAUUCAGGAGAAAUAAAGAACUGCUCGCAGGCUGUGACUGGGUUUUUUGCCAGUAUGUUGACAUAUCCCUUUGUGUUGGUGUCCAACCUGAUGACUGUAAAUAACUGUGGGCUGGCUGGAGGUCAACUACCCUAUGCUACCGUUUAUCCCACCUGGCUCAACUGCUGGAGUCACCUAAGCCGAGAGGGCAACAUGAGCAGAGGCAACAGUCUGUUCUUCAGAAAGAUGCCUGCAGGGAAGAUGUAUUCCAUCGAUCAGAAGAGAUUUCUCUGAAUCGGAAAAACAGCAUAGUGAUUAAUAAUGAUAAUUUAAUUGAGCUGGCCCUUGAUGUUGGACUCCUAAUCCUUUGUAUGCACUUGUUUACGAUAACAGACUUUGGUUUAUGAUAAUCAACUUCCAGGAUUAUUACUGUUCAUUUUGUCAGUACAUGGAUUUCACUACAUUGUGGUUCCUUUGAUUUAAAAGCAUAAAGAGCUUUAUUUUAAUACCCAGCGAUUUGUAUACAUGCCCUAUUAAAAAUGAAUACCCCAGUUGAAUUGUAUAAGUGAGGCACUUGAGGGCGCUUUUCCUGCUCCAUGUGUGCCUGAGUCCAGUACAGGCCUCCUACACACACUUCUGUUCGUUGUUUCCAUUGAUCCCAGUCAUGAUGCUCGACAGUAAAACAGUCAUUAUACACCUGCUGUUGUUUUAACUGUCUGAUGUAAUGACCAAUUCACUGACAGAGAGAUAAAUAAGAACUGUUAAACUCUGUUUACAAUAGACUGACAGUGAAGUGAAUUCAACAGGUCCAUUCUCAGCCAUAUGGAAUCUUUGUCUAUUUAUGAUGCUUAUGUUUAGAUGGAGGUUAUGCGACACUGAGCAUCUGACUUCUAUAUCUGUGCAUUCUUUAUGUGGUUGUAUGUUUUGCAUAGCUUUGCUAAGUUUGACCCCACCCAAGCACAUGAGAUAAAAGCCUCUGGUUUUAUAUCUGUUCUAACCGGCUGAUGUGAGGAGUUUGUCUUCUACUCAUCGUCUCUACCUGAGCUCCUGGUCCUAUUAAAGAGCAGGUGACGUUGAAUUCAUGAUAAAAUUCUGACUGACUCAAAUAAAUCUGAGAAUGCCUUUUA